GCCAACGAUGCAAAGAUGCUUGAGCUGCUUUUUGAAGGCUGACAAUACGCGCUGCCAGCCAUCUUUUUGGGUGGUCUCUCUGCUGCGAGGCCCGCUCUGGUCUGCUCUGGUCUGCUCUGGUCUGCUCUGCUCUGGCCUCGCUUCUGUAUCUCCCUAGUACUGCCCGCCCGCUCUCGCUCAGGGCCUGCUAGAAAACCUCGUGCCUCCCCCCCAAACUUGCCCAAAACCCACCAAAACCUUGAAAAACUUGUCCUGAACGACAGCACCCACAGGCAUCACCACCACUGAACAUCAUCAACCACCCACAACGCAUCACCAUGGCCCGCGCAAAGAAGCCAGAAGAGAAGCCAAAGGAGGGAGCUACCCUUUCUAUCGACGUAGACAGCUUCGUCCGCACAAGAGACUCGGUCGUUACCGGGCUCGCGACUCUCCAAGAUGCCAUUCAAACCCUCUCCUCCGCCUAUAUCAAGCACACGAACGCGGUCCUUGGUGAACAUGGCGCAGGCCUUGAUGUUGACUCUGCUCUGGCCAAGCUCGGACAGAACCCUCUGCUCAGCCUCGGGGACUUGAAUCGCGCCGUCAGUCCAGCAAAGUCAGUCGCCGCAGAGGCAACAGACAAGAAGGAGCGCAAGAAGAGGCAACAUGAUCCUAAUGCGCCAAAGCGCCCUCUCACUCCCUUCUUCCUCUACAUGCAGACAGCCCGUCCUAUAAUUGCUGAGGAUCUCGGUUCCGACUUUGCCAAAGGAGCUGUUAGCACCGAGGGAACUCGUCGAUGGGGUACCAUGGCUGCAGAGGACAAGCAGCUCUGGACCAAUGCUUACAAGGAUAACCUCCGCCUCUACAAUGCCCGCAUGCACUCUUACAAGACAGGUGGAAAUCUCCAAGCUAAAGAUAUGAGUGACCAAGAAGCUGCCAUCUACGCAGACGAGCACAACAUUGGGGCUGACAACACAGCUGAUGCCCAGCUCGUCGGUGACGCCUCAGCCGCCGCUCUCCACGACGAAGAUGCCGAAGGUGAGCCCGACAAGGAACCCACUCCACCUCCCAAGACCCCCAAAGCGAAGGGCGGGCGCAAGACCAAAGCCAGCAAGAACAAUACUCCAGCUGCUCCCCCAACCCCAGAGACUAUCAUUCCUCCGGCCAGCGCAAGUAGCAUAGUCCCACCCAAGACCGCCGAGAAGGAGAAGAGCCCAGACAAGAAGCGCAAGAGAUCUAGUAAGAAGGAUGAGGUUGCCGCGGCGGAGAAGGAGGAUCUGGCUGUGGAGACGCCAAAGAGUGCACCUAAGCCGAGGAAGAAGAAGGCGAAGGCUGAUUCUUAGAUUUGCUCCCUUUCUUUCUUGCAAACCAUUCUGUACUCUGUUUUCUCCUCUGCUCUACUUUGCUUAUGUUAGUGUGCGGAUGUGAUCCAGGAAGCGUGGCUGCAGUUCGCUGUCUCAUGUUGAUUUUUUGUUUCUUUCUCUUUCUGUUCUGUCAGGUGGUGGUAAAAUGAAAAUCGGUAAAUGAUAUGUAUGAAUGGGCAGGAUGGACGGAAGGCGGGGAUAUGGGUAUUAUGCGUUGCGUUGCGUUACUUGACUUGUUGCUCUCUUGCUAUCGUGCUAGGAUACCAUGCAUAGCUGAGAAAGGGUACGGAUCACGUCUGGCUAGUGGUAGUAUACAUGAAUUGAGAUUUUGCAAACAUGA